AUGGGGACCCCCGCACGCCGGGCUGGCAGGCGGACCCCGCGAGAGCCGCCCCAGCCGCGCCCCCCGCCCCCCGGGGCUGCCCCGACCUGCGGCAGCGGGAGGUGCCCGGCCCGCCCCCGCGGACGACUGCACGCCCCGGCCCCCGCGGUCACGCACACGGUCCGGACGCAGCGGCCGCCGGCGGGGAGGCGGACCGGGGCCCGGGGCGUCUCCGCGCGGCUUCCCCGACACGGGCGCCCGCGGCCCUGCGAGCUCCCUUCCGUGCGCACGGGGCCCGUCCGGCUGCGGGCGAGGACACCACCACCAGGUCCCCGGGCCACCCUGCAACCGCCGCAAGGCCUCAGGGACCAGGUCACCGCAGCCCUGCGGCCGGCGACAACCGCCGCGCCCCACCGCCCCCCGCCCGCAGCCGCGCAGGCGCACCGAGCCGCAGCAAGCCCCGCCUCCCGCGGCCCCGCCUCCGCCCCCGCAGCCCGGCCUUCAGCCGCGCACGCGCACUGA